AUGGCCUUAGUAAAAGUAUUCCACAUGGUGAGACAUCAGAUUAAGAGUGUUCCCAGAGCCGUCAAUCCGUUCUCGAAUCGUGUCCCCGGACGAGAAAUCAUCACGAUCCCCAACUUCACACUCGAAUCCGGUGUUGAGAUGCGGAAUGUUCCAGUUGCAUACAUGAGCUGGGGAAAGCUAUCACCAAAGGCUAAUAAUGUCAUGAUUAUAUGUCAUGCAUUAUCCGGGAGUUCAGAUGUCAGCGACUGGUGGGGUCCGCUUCUUGGGCCCGGGAAGGCAUUUGACACAGAAAAGUUCUUUGUGAUCUGUAUGAACAGCCUCGGAAGUCCAUACGGAACGGCCAGUCCUGUAACUGCUAAGAACGGGGACUACUCCCAGGGUUGGUAUGGAGCUGACUUUCCGUCAACAACUAUCCGAGAUGAUGUUCGACUUCAUAAGUUGGUUCUGGACAAGCUGGGAGUCCGUAAAGUUGCAGCUGUCAUUGGCGGCUCUAUGGGUGGUAUGCAUGUUCUUGAAUGGGCGUUCUUUGGAAAAGACUACGUUCGAUGCAUCGUACCAGCUGCAACAUCCAGUCAUCAAAGUGCAUGGGCAAUUGGUUGGGGCGAAGCACAGCGUCAUGCCAUCCGAAGCGAUGUCAAGUACAAGAAUGGCCGUUAUGGGUUCGAUGACCCCCCAAUCCUUGGUCUGGAAGCAGCUCGCAUGACGGCGCUGUUGACAUAUAGAAGUCGAGAUUCUCUCGAGAGGCGAUUUGGGCGUGAUACAGGAAACAAGAAGAAGGUACAGCAAGAUAGCAAGGCAUUACCAAACAACGGGACACCUAUCCACAGCCAAGGCGGGGCAGACGAAACACCCGUCGCAUUUGACCGUGCCGACUCCAACUUCGCCGCCCAAUCCUACCUCCGCUACCAAGCCAAGAAGUUCUCCGACCGCUUCGACAGUAAUUGCUACAUCGCCCUCACCAACAAGCUCGACACUCAUGACCUGGCACGCGGUCGAACACGGACCAUUACUGAAGCACUGUCAAUGAUUGAGCAGCCUACGCUUGUGCUAGGAAUACGAAGUGAUGGGCUGUACACGCUUGCUGAACAGGAGCAGAUUGCACGAGCUGUGCCGAAUGCCAAGUUGAGAGAGAUCGUAAGUGAUGAUGGGCAUGAUGCGUUCUUGAUUGAGUGGAGUCAGUUGAACUGGUUGUUGAUUGGGUUUCUGCAUGAGAGUUUACCGGAUAUUAUGCAGCGAGCGGCUCUGUAA